UGCUCCUACUCAGCCUUAUCCUUUCCACCCAUCUCUUCCUCUCUCUUUCUCUCUCUCUUGCUUUCUCUCCCCUCAUCUCUUCUCUUUCCUCCCCACAGCAUGAGCACCACGGACCGAGCCAAAAAUGACCCCUCUUCCCACCCCAGCGAGACAACCAGCCUUGUUAAAGGGCACUGUGACCAAGAGCAUGUGACGGUGCAGCUGAUGGUGGCUGUUGGCGCAGCGGUCAUCGGCUCCUUACAGUUCGGCUACAACACGGGUGUUAUCAAUGCACCUCAGAAAACCAUUGAAGAGUUCAUCAAUAAGACAUGGUAUGAACGUUAUAAUGAAAAAAUACAUGAAAACACCCUCACCACACUCUGGGCUAUAUCGGUCUCCAUCUUCUCUGUUGGAGGCAUUUUCAGCUCCUUCUCUGUAGGGCUCUUUGUCAAUCGCCUGGGCAGGAGGAACUCAAUGCUUAUUGCUAAUGUCCUUGCCUUCAUAGCAGCUGCUUUAAUGGGCUUCUCAAAGCUGGCCGCAUCAUGGGAGAUGUUGAUCAUUGGUCGGCUGAUUGUGGGCGUUUAUUCAGGCCUGUCCACAGGCUUUGUGCCUAUGUAUGUUGGUGAAAUUGCACCAACGUCUCUGCGCGGGGCACUGGGCACUCUGCAUCAACUGGGCAUUGUCAUAGGCAUCCUGAUGGCACAGAUCUUUGGCAUUGACUCCAUCAUGGGCAACGCUACAAUGUGGCCUUUCCUGCUUGGCUUCACCUUCAUCCCAGCUUUGAUUCAGUGUGCCAUGCUGCCUUUCUGUCCUGAGAGCCCACGUUUCCUGCUCAUUAAUCAGAAUGAAGAGAACAAAGCCAAGAGUGUUCUGAAGAAGCUGCGGGGCACAGAUGAUGUGGGAGCAGAUAUCCAGGAGAUGAAGGAAGAAAGCCGGCAGAUGAUGAGAGAGAAGAAGGUGACCAUCUGCGAGCUCUUCCGCUCUCCAAUCUACCGUCAGCCCCUCAUCAUCGCCAUCAUGCUGCAGCUGUCCCAGCAGUUCUCCGGCAUCAAUGCUGUUUUCUACUAUUCUACAAGUAUAUUCACAAAAGCAGGGGUGGCAUAUCCUGUGUAUGCUACCAUUGGUGCUGGGGUUGUGAACACAGUGUUUACUAUAGUAUCGCUCUUUGUGGUUGAACGAGCAGGACGAAGAUCUCUGCACCUUACUGGGCUGAUGGGAAUGGCUGUGUCUGCUGUGGUCAUGACCAUUGCCAUGGCACUGACUGACAAAUACCCAGACCUUUCAUAUGUCAGUAUUGUGGCCAUCUUCGUCUUUGUGGCGUUCUUUGAGAUUGGGCCAGGUCCCAUCCCGUGGUUCAUCGUGGCUGAGCUCUUCAGUCAAGGUCCACGACCCUCUGCUUUCGCUGUGGCCGGUUUCUCCAACUGGACUGCUAACUUCAUAGUAGGAAUGUGCUUCCAGUAUGUAGAGCAACUGACAGGCCCAUACGUCUUCAUCAUCUUCACUGUGUUGCUGCUCAUUUUCUUCAUCUUCACCUACUUCAAAGUGCCCGAGACCAAGGGCCGGACAUUUGAUGAGAUCUCAGCAGGCUUCCGGCAGAACCCGAGCUCUGGAGCGGAGAAAUACGCCCCAGAUGAGCUCAAUGCACUGGGUGCAGAUUCUCAGCUCUGAGUCCAGCACGUUACUCUCACUCUGCUUGUAUAGACUGACCCAGUGGGUGUCCAUAAAGUCUCAGAGAAGAUACUGUAGAAUUUAGGGCAACGAUAGAUGCAUUUCUCUCCAGCAGGGAGAGUCCAUCAGCUGAGUCGGCAAGAUAGGAAGCCUGUGACUGACUUCAAAUUCAAGUUUUUAUACCUACAUACUUAUUUGUGAAGUAUUCUUUUAAUUGUUUAUCUUUUUAGAGAGGUAUUUUAGCUCCUCUACUGGCCUCUUGUGUAGGGGUGCACAAUCGGUUGGGCUGCAUUGAUGUGCUGGGGAUACCCACCAGCCUAUGUGCGUCAUAUCUGUGCUUUCAUUUACCCUGCAGAAUCGGAGCUUUGGGUAAAGUGCAAAAAACAAUGUUACUGUCUUUGUUGCCUCUUGCUUUUUAGUGUUUUAAAGAACAUUUGCUAAUAAAAAGUAGCCAAAAUAUUUGACUGUUCAGAAGUCUGAAUUGACUGUAAAGUGCACCCCUACUCUUCUUAUGAUCUUGGUUUUACAACUUUAAUUAGCACUUCCCUGUUGAAAAUAAGCAUAUCAUGUAGGCUGUAGUCACACUGCUAGAUCACACUCUCCUUUAUUUAUCUUUCCACUGAAAUAAGGUCUGAAAGUCUCAGUUUUAUUUAUACUUUUAUAAAUAAUAGUACUACUGUAUAUAAAUAGCGCUGUGGAUAAUAUAAAUCUUUCUAUUCAACCAACAGAACUGGCACACUUAUUUAUUUCUCUGAAGUGCAGCUCCAACCUCUAGAACACUGAGCUUGAAUUUGUCAUGCACCCAAUCUUCAGGUUAUUAUGAAUCCCAUUAUGUUUAUUGAUUUUAGCUUAUGCAUAGCUCAUUGGAGGUGUAUUGGAUUUAUUUUCUAAACAGGGUUUUACACUGAUGCUUGAAAAAACAAAGCUUAUGACAAGGUUAAAUGACAGGUUAUAAAAGCUACUAGUCUACAAAGGCUUUUUAAAGCCGUCCAUAUUUGCUGCAAGACCACUGGCAUAAUAAAUGCAAACAAACGCUUAUUUUGACUCAUGAUUAGGAAGAGUCAGAGACUGAGGAAGCUGUUUCCUGUUUUCCUUAACUGGACCAAGCUUAUUUUGCCCCCUUUAUAUGAUUUCACUGUGGUCUCAAUCAUUGUUUGUUGUAUUCCAGAUUUGUGUAUUCAGAACCAUGAACCCACCUAAUUUAUGUCAUUUUUCAUAUCAAUAGUUUCUUUCAAAGUUGCAGUGACAAUCUUGUUAAUUUAUUGCACAUCAAUAGGCAUUACCAGUGUGCGCAAUAUGUUUCCAUACAUGUUGAGCUCAACCAUGUGUUUGAUAUGUUUGGUGUGAAUGUGCAUAUGCUGGGUGUGAGUGUGUGUGAGAGUCAAUGUGUAUGCAUGUAUGUACAUUUGACACCCUUGUUUUCACAUUUGUAGCACAAUUUAUCUCAGAGACAUUUAUGUAACGACUGCUUUAACAUAGUGAAUGUUGAAGAAACUGCCCAGCCAUGUGGUCAGAGUGUUAAAAUGUACAAAACAUCAAACAUCUAGUACCGAUAGAACACAAUGCUUAGAGAUAAUGUUGUUAUUACUGUGUUAUUAUUAUCAAGUGGUUCCAUCCAAAAAAGGCUAUUACUAUCUGUACAUUAUUUUAAAGGAACAGCAGCAGAGGUAUUAAAGGUUAAGCAAUGUGCCAAGAUACACCCUUCUCCUGACAGCUCGUUAUUUUUGUAACUGAUCCUUUGGUAAUCGAAAGCAAAGUUAAUAAAACACAAUGUACAAACAGGG